CAUUUGUAACUCGAUGCAGAAUACCAAAUUUAUUAUCUCUUUGGCAGAAGUCCUUCAGCCACUCAAUUUCAAAUCUGUGAUCUCUUAAGACCGAAUUCAUCCCCACGUAGCCCAUACUUGCCAUUGUUCCCGAGUCACUCGAGAACCAAAGUCACGCUUGAUGUCCAAGAGAUGGCUCCAGUGCAACAUCACAAGGACAAGCGCGUCAAGGCUAUACUGACAUUCGCCUCUGAGCUCGAAAGUCAACUUCCAAAAGCUGUCACGUCAACAACAUCCGGUCCACUACUUCACGAACUCGAGAAGAACAUUGCGAAAUUCCCAGAGAAGCUUACAUCUUCGACAACAUCUGAAUACGAAGAGCUUGAUCGCUGCGGGACCACAAUUUGGAAUGUCUGCACAAGACUUCGACGCGAGUACGAUCCUGACAAACCCCACGAUGUUCCCUUGAUCUUACUUGUGGCGCGGGUAUAUGCUUUUCUAUUACUGGAUGGAGCAUUCCAGAGUGGGAAAAGCGACCCAGGAAAUCUUCCAAGGUUGAUGAAAAGCGGGCUGAAGGCUGGGAAGACCUGCCUAGACCGGAAGCAAUCCGACCUAGCUGUCAAGGUGUUAGAAAAGGUCGCUGGAUACGAGACAUUGUUGAAAAGUCCGAGACCCGCAGCCGGACAAGAAGAUGGGGAAUCGUUCAACAAUUUGAUCGCAGAAUAUUAUGUCUUGAGAACCGCCUUGGCAUGGCACAAGGGCCAGUUCCCAAUAGCAGAAACGAUGUACCAGAAAUCAAUAUCUUCACAGCACCUUUUCGAUCCGCAGACCGCGGAGAGCCUAGCCGACGUUAUUUACGAGAUGGGAAAGGAUCAGCUCGCGAAGAAAGACUACCCCCUUGCCAGUAAGUGGCUAGACAGAUCGUACAAGUUCUUGAACCUGCAAGAACUGGACAAGCUCAGUAUUGACGCCAAUGAGCUUCGAAUAUCCAUCAUCGAGUCUCUCAUCAAAGCACUCCUUGGACUACAAAGUCCAGAAUCUUACGAGCAGGCAAGGAAUCUCGUCAUACUCCUCGAGACUGAGCUGGGAGAUAAACUCAUUGUGUUGUUGCUGAAGCUAGAUUUGCUCUCUGCUCCUACUCCAGAACCCUUCGAUAGUGCAUCAUACAGCGAUGUCUUACAGCGAAUGACGCGUACCAUGUACCUCAAUGACAGCAAUUUCAGGUUGAUUAUGUUCCAUAUACGAAAGCUGAAAGACAAGAGUCCAAGUUUGGCUUGCAAAGCACUAGACGAUCUUCUGACGUUGCGCCUAUUGAAAGCAGAAGAGUUACAAGACUCAUGGAUUGGCAAAACGAUUGUCACGCGCUUGUGGACCACUGUCAAUCAACGUGACAGCCCGGAAGCGUUACAGUCGUUGUAUGAUCUCUUCGAGACCAUCACAGCUAAUCUAACAAAACCGAUGGCUUCAGAUGCAACUCUAGCAGCACAUACAUUAUUUUGGAAACACAUCGAGUCUAACUAUGUCCAAGGACAGUAUGAUAUUGCUGAAAGUUGGUGUCGGUUAGCAUUACAUAGACUCUUUUCCAAUUCAGGGGAGAUCAACACAGCUCGACUUUCCAGGAAACUUUUACUCUGCUCUCUUGCUAGAAAGGACUUCGGCAGUGCAAGAGAAGUAUUCCAUUCGAUGUCGAACUCUGCUCGCAACGAGCCGAUGUCAAGAUUCUUGAUGUAUAAAAUUGCCGUACGAGGUGGUGAUACGGAGCUUGCGACUGAGUGUCUGCACUUCAUCAGCACCGCUGCCAGAACAACGCAUGAUCUAACACUUUUAUACGGUUGUGUCCUGGACGCCCAGUCGAUUGGGGACAAGACUCAAACGUUAGCGGGACUACAGCUUGUUCUUGAAAAGUCCGAUUAUGGCGCUCAAAGUGCCGUGCAUGUCCCUUCGUUGCUUCGGUUAACUAUCAGCCUUUCGGUGGCAUUGUUAGAAGAGCAUGUUGAUACGCAGGACAUAGGAACGAUUGAAAGGAUCUGUGCAGCAAUUGAGAAAGGUGCUACUGCUAUUCGCAAAGCCCGAGGCUCCUUAGGGCUUCUCGACCCACCGUGGACCAUAGAUGAAUUGGAAUGGUUCUCGAAGAACUCGUAUAAUCUUGCUAUCAAGCAUUUAUCAAAUUGGGAGCCGCGUUACUCUCUCCGGAUAUUGCAGAGCAGCCUCGAUUUCAUGGACCAGUACCCGAGAGAUCUAAGUGAUCAAGUAUCCGAGGAUCUUUCAUUACGCAAGAUGUUCUGUGCCUUUUCAGCUGCCACUGCACUGAUAUCCCUGGCUCGUGCUGAAGACAACAUUGAGAAUCAAAUGCAAGAUUAUCUCGGUGUACGCAAGCAUGUCGAAAAUUUUGAUACCUUACUUCAAGAGAAAGUGGAUAGUAUGAAUGAGGACAUGGAACAAGACUUACGUCGGAAGUUGUCCAUUCUUGCAGCGUUUGACUUCGAGGCUGCUUGUCGAUUGAAAGCUUGGAAUGAUCUAGGAGAGGCUGUCUUACAAGCUGAUGCCUGCAAAAGCGCCCAAGUGUACGAGAUCAUGGCAGAUAUCAUUCUCUGCUCUGAUGCUCCUACUGCGAUCCGCAUUAACAUCCUCAAGAACAUCAUCAAUGGGGCUUGGAGCCUUGACUCACUCAACGCAACGAAGCUGGCCAAAUAUAUGCGAUGUCUCUUUCAGAUAGCCAUUUCGGACAAUCCUGAUAUUGCAGAACAGCUGCUUGAUCAAAUCCAAAAUCAUGCAGAGGACGCUGCAGAGUCCGAGCAGCCAUAUCCUUCAGAAGAACUUGAGUGGGUCGCCACCAAAGCAUUCAACCACGCUGUCGAUCUCUACUGUACUGGAGAUGACGAAAAUUGUAAGAAUUGGGCGGGCAGAGCACUUAAUAUUGCUCAUUAUGUUAACGAUGAAGGUAAUCUGGAAAAAUUGCUUCAGAGCAAAUUGUUGGGUUUGAAAUUUGAUUCUUGAUCAGACAAUUGUGGUUUUAUCACUUGCUUGAAAAGG